AUCCAAGAGCUGGGAGACGAACUCCAGCAUGGUGUGACCGAAUCCUUUCAUACGGGAAGGGAAUGCGCCUACUAAGCUAUAGGAGAUCUGAGCUUCAACUUUCUGAUCACAGGCCAGUGACAGCAACUUAUAUGGUAGAGGUUGAGGUAUUCUCAGCUAGGAAGCUGCAGCGGGCUCUCACCUACACUGAUGCAGAGAUUGAAAAUGAGGAAGUUGUUACAGAUAUUGGAACUGACAGCAGAAUGAGCCGAUUGAUGACAGAAGAGGAUGCUUCAUUAUGGGGGCGCUAGAGAGGAUAAAUUUGGGAAGAAGAGAAGAUGUUAAAGGUUAGAGGUUGAGGCAUCCAUGACUCUUUAUUCUUGUGAUUCUUUUAUUUGUGAAUGGCUUGUGUUGUAUAGUCUUAAGUCUUUCU